AUGCUAACCUUCAUCCACCCACUUCGCUGGCCGAUAUGGUCUACUCUAUGGCAUUUUAUAUCUUUGUUUUCAAGGAGUAUUGUUCGUCCAUUCCAAUUUCGGCUCAAUGGGUUGGCUGAGCCAGGAUUUGAGGAUGUUGAGCAGUGCACAAGCAUAGAAAAGGAGAUACGGCAACACGCAAAAUCAACUCCACCGAAAGAUUCACAAACGCACAUUGAAGAAAAUAGAGCAGUUGCAUGGGACGGAAGCUCGGAACUGGUGGUCUAUGAACCUCAUUUCAAAGAAGUUCUGGAUCAUGGCUCAACCUCCAUCAUUACACGGAUCAAACCUGGGGUUGUUCUCAAAUCGCCUCGCUAUUCAUGGUGGCAUUCUCCAACCGCAGAAUCCCACGAUUCGGUCAAGCAUAUCAAGCACAGUUUCAAUGUUGAAGAGCAAAUUCUUGGAAUCUUAGGGGACCACCCUAGAAUAAUAAAUACAAUAUUGCGUCUUCAAUGGUGCUUCCAAGCUGCAGAAGCUAUACGAUACAUUCACCAGAAAGGCGUCAUCCACUCUGAUCUACGCCCCGAAAACUAUUUGCUGCACAGGAAUUCCGAUGGUAUUCUCAAUCUAUUCCUUAGUGAUUUUGGAGGCUCAACUAGCGGUGUCAUAGAUGGUGGACAUCUCCCAGAUUCUGGCUUUUUCAACCCACGGAAACCUUGGGUAUCAACGAAAGCGACAGAUAUAUUCAGCCUUGGAUCAGUGUUCUAUACGAUUAUGACUGGUCACUGGCCAUACAAGUCUGCAGGGCCGUUCGGAUCAUUGAAGGAAAAAUUGAGUUACGGAGAAAGGGUGGAUGAACUCUUCUCCUUGGGUAUGUUUCCCCCAGUUGAAGGUCUAAUUGGCGGAAACAUUAUACAAGGUUGCUGGAUGGAACAGUACGGAGAAGUAGAUACAAUUGUUCGUGAUCAAAGCAUCAUAUUUGAAGAAAUUUCGUUACAGGCUGGGAGGCAUGAGAGUGUUGAGUCCUAA